AUGCAGGCUAUGCUGACCAAGCACAUGCUAGUAAUUGUCGUAGCGAUUCUGUUUGCAACCUACCGCCUUUUGCAGCUUGAAAACGAGCGCGACCGACGCCAAGCAAACAUCCAGCAGGACUUCGACACAGUUGUAGACUUGUUGCAAACGCAUUUGGAUACCAAGUACCGGGUACUUCGCGUCGUCCCAUCACCAGAUUCCGUCAUCACGUUGCACGCAAUCGUAAUCAAUAGCGGAUCGGCGAUCCCCCACGUAGAGGCUGAGGUGGUCGUGGAUCAGCAGCAUGUACUGCAUCAACGCAAACAGGACCAGCGAAAACGUGCUCGCCAUGCAUUGCCAUGUGUUCGCUUCCAAGUGUACGACGUGGAUACGAUGACGCCAAUUGCAGAGAUGCUCCAGCAACGGAACCUCAUUGCACCGUACAAACGGAGCUAUUCGCCGACGUAG